ACCCCCCCCCCCCCCCCCCCCCCCCCAUCCCUCCCUCACCCGUUGCCAGCGCGGGUCCGCCGGUUGCCAUGGAGAACUCAUCCUCGGUGGCUUCCGCAUCGUCCGAGGCGGGCAGCUCUCGUUCGCAGGAGAUCGAGGAGCUGGAGCGCUUCAUCGACAGCUACGUGCUGGAGUACCAGGUGCAAGGGCUGCUGGGAGAUAAGGCCGACGGCGAGACGGACGGUGACGGCGGCGUCAAGGCGUCCCAGUGGACGGAGGAAUACAAUGACAAGAGAGAUGGCAGCUGGUCAUCAUCCAGGGGAAGGGGCUCGUCCAAACCGGACGAGUGGGACCACAGCAGUAACGGCAGCACCGGCUCCAGGCCCAGCUGUGGCUCCAGACCCGGGUCGGGGUCCCGCUCCGGCAGCAGGGGGCGCAACAACCAGUUCACAGCCCCAGCCAAGAACGGGAACAGAGAGGGCUCCUUGGACAUCCUGGGGACUGACAUCUGGGCCGCCAACACCAUGGACUCACACGGGGGGGCGGGCUGGGACGUGCAGCCAGAGAAGCUGGACUUCACCCAGUUCCACCGGAAACUCUGCCGCGGAACGCCAAAGCACCUGCCGCACAUCGACAGAGAGGGGAUGAUUAAAGACAAGUUUGAAGAGGAUGACGGCAUAGACAUGAAUGACAUAGAGCGAUUCCUCCCUCACUUGCACUCAGCCUUCCCGCCCUUGCCUAAUGAGGCUGAGAUCGCGCACACCAAAAAGCUCUUCAGACGAAGAAGGAACGACCGACGAGUUGUUGAUCCGCUUAGCAGGGACCAGAUCACCAUACUGCUGCCUACAGGCCCGGGGGGACAGCGCCAAGUUUCAGCAGCCAGGAGACAGCAGCGACCACAGGGACCCGGCAAGACGGGCCAGAGCCAGAACCAGAACCAAGCGCCCCCUCCCCCACAGCAGCACUCCCCGCAGCACCAGAGGGAUCCGUCAUCCCAGCAGCAGCAGCUCUCCCCUCACCAAGACCACCACCACCACCACCACCAAGACCACCACAACCACCACCACCAAGACCACCACCAACAGCAGGACCAAUCGGGAGACGGCAGGAACAAUGGCAACGGCAGGCCCUUGCGUCAGAACCAAGGAGGGGGCCAUCAUGGCCAGCGCCACGGGGGCCCGCCUCACCACGGCUACAGCCAGACCCGGCGCUGGCAGUACAACCAGAAGGGCCCGGGCCAGGGCCAGGGCAGCCCCACGGGGGACAGGGGAGCCCCGCCCAGGACCACCACCACCACCCCCACCUCCGGCAGCGCCACAACCGCCAAAGACAACGAGACGCCUGUGGUGGAGAAUGUAAGGAGCGGCGACCACAGCAGAGCCCCCCAGCUGGAACCAAAGGACCGCCGGGGCGGAGGGGAAGCCCCCCACGACCCCGCUCCGUCCGGGCCCAGGGCCAAUCAGAAUUCCUGCCGAGACCGGGCGCUCAGUCAGGAGUCCCCCGGCCCCCAGCCGGCACCACCGAGACCACAGAGCGGGGGGAACGGGGGGAGCGAGGGGCGGUCGGGCUGCCCCAAAGUCACCCUCCUGCAGUCGUCGAAGGAGCGGCUGAGGCGAAGGCUAAAGGACAAGGACGAAGCGUGCGUGGUGGGCAAAGGCGCGGGCUCGCAGCGCAUGGACCGCCUGGUGGAGCUGCUCAACAGCAUGAGGAGCAACAGCAGCGGCGUGGAGCAGCAGCUGACCUCCUUCAUGGAGGAGGCGCAGGGCUCGGCACGCUGCGAGGAGUCCCUGGCCCAGGUGGUGGCCACCCUCUACGGCACGGCCACGGCGGACCGCAGCUUCGCCGCCACCGCCGCCAAGCUCUGCGACAAGAUGGCGCUGUUCAUGGUGGAGGGCACCAAGUUCAGGUCGCUGCUGCUCAACAUGCUGCAGAAAGACUUUGCCCGUAGGGAGGAGUUGCAGCAGGCGGACGUAGAAGGUUGGCUGGGCUUCAUCACCUUCCUCUGUGAGGUGUUCGGCACCAUGAGGAGCAGUGCUGGGGAGCCCUUCAGGGUCCUAGUACUGCCCAUAUACACCUGCCUGCGAGAGCUGCUGGAGUCCACAGACGUGAAGGAAGACGCUGUCAUCUGCUGUUCUAUGGAGUUGCAGUGCGCCGGCCGCCUGCUGGAAGACCAGCUCCCCGAGAUGAUGACGGACCUGCUGGCCGCGGCCCGCGACAAGAUGCUGUGCCCGGCCGAGUCGCAGCUCACGCGCUCCCUCCUCAUGGAGGUCAUCGAGCUGCACGCCCACCAGUGGAACCCCCUGGGGCCGCUCACCACCCAGUACUACAACCGCACCAUCCACAAGCUCACCGCCGCCACCUAGCUGCUGGGAGGCUGUGCUGCUGCUGCUGCUGCUGCUGC